ACUUUGAGUGGACUGGAACAUUUUGUUAGCCCGCUCCUACCGUGAUACGACUCGCAGCGCCGCACGCAGAGUAUCGAAGGCAGACUGCCGGGUUCGACUGUCCACCGUCUUGGUACGAAUAUCCUGUUCUCCCCGGACACUGGCACUGAACCAAGCGUUCGCAGCGAAUUGGCAUCCUUUCUGCCCUCUAUCUACCGACAUGAGUGACUCUGAGUCGUCAUCUGGAAGCGAGGUUGCAGUGCAACAACCUAAGAAGACUACCACAAAGGCCGGAAAGAAGAAGGCUAUCGCAGAGUCGUCGUCGAAACCGGCUGCUUCUGCUCACGGGAAGAACGAAGGCACUGAUCCGAAUCAUGCAUACCAAUCUCCUCCUGGCGCAGUGCCCGUAGACCUUUCAGUCGAUGCUGGAGAGUUUGACUGGGAUGCGGUAAACGAGGACGAGGACGUAGAGCUGUGGUUGAUCCGAGUGCCGCAAGGUCUGAAGGCGAAACACCUUCAAGGCAUCAAGUUCGAGUCUCCUUCGGCAUCAAAAACAUCACGUAUAGGCGGUAUUGACCGCAAGCAUGCCUCAUAUGAUAUCUGGUCUCUGGGAGAUUCGGUGUCCGACCAUGUAGGCGGCGAGGAGCUCAAACGGCUGUCUUGUUUACUGCCUCGGAAGGACAAGGGAGGGAAGCUCUACCAAGCACCUCAACCUAUCGCGAGACAUAUUGUUGUCACCGCGAAGCCCGAGGCGCCUACACCAGUAGCGGAUGCCAAUGAUGCUGAAGAUACACUAUACAAAAACCCGCCACGGCCUCGGUAUCCUUUAGAAGUCCUCAAACAUCGCUUCAUGCCAUUGGGCUCACUCGCGUCUACCGGUGCACCGGACGCAAUGGACGUUGACCUGGACGUCGUGCCCGUCAGUGUCUCGCAAACUAAGGACGGCCCCCCAAAGAAGAAGCGGAAAGGUGAUGGAGUGUCGAAGAAAUCUAAGAAAUCCAAGGCAACCGCCUCAUAGCCGAUUCACUGGGAUUCCACCGUUCCUUUCACUCGU